AUGAAGUACGUCUGCGUUUCGGGUGGUGUCAUUUCCGGUAUUGGUAAGGGUGUCCUUGCCUCCUCUACUGGUAUGUUAUUGAAGACCUUGGGUUUACGUGUCACCUCUAUUAAAAUUGACCCUUACUUGAACAUUGAUGCUGGUACUAUGUCUCCUUUGGAGCAUGGUGAGUGUUACGUGUUGAACGAUGGUGGUGAAGUCGACUUGGAUUUAGGUAACUACGAACGUUAUUUAGGUAUUUCCUUGAGUAGACAGAACAACAUUACUACCGGUAAGAUCUACUCUAACGUCAUUCAAAGAGAGCGUAAAGGUGACUACUUGGGUAAAACGGUUCAGGUCGUUCCUCAUAUCACUGACACUAUUCAAAACUGGAUCGAAAGAGUCGCCAAGAUUCCUGUUGAUAACUCCGGUAUUGAACCUGACGUUUGUAUUAUCGAGUUGGGUGGUACUGUUGGUGAUAUCGAGUCUGCUCCUUUUGUCGAAGCCUUGAGACAGUUCCAGUUCCGUGUUGGCCGCGAGAAUUUUGCAUUGAUUCAUGUCUCACUGGUUCCAGUCGUUAAUGGUGAACAGAAGACCAAGCCUACUCAGGCCGCCAUCCGUGAGCUCAGAUCUUUGGGUUUGUAUCCUGAUAUGAUUGCUUGCAGAUGUAAGUCCAAGUUGGUUAGCCACACCAUCAGUAAGAUCUCCAUGUUUUGUCAUGUUGGUCCCGAGCAGGUUUUGGCCGUUCAUACUGUGUCUUCAACCUAUCACGUUCCAUUGAUUCUCAAGGAUGAAAAGUUAUUGGAGUUCCUCAAUAGCAGAUUGCACUUUGAUGACCUGAAUAUUCCUCCUGAAAUGGCUUCUAAAGGUGAGAAACUUUUGGAUGAUUGGACAAGGCUAACUAACCAGGAGGACCGUUCAUUUGAUAAGGUGAAGAUUGCAAUCGUUGGAAAGUACACCAACUUGCACGAUUCCUAUUUGUCUGUGAUCAAAUCUCUUGAGCAUAGUGCCAUGCGUUGCGCUCGAAAGUUGCAGAUCGUCUGGGUUGAGUCUACCGACUUGGAGCCUGCCGCUGAGUUGAAAAAUAAGGCCAAUUUCCAUAAGGCAUGGCAGGCAGUUUGCACUGCUGACGGUAUUUUGGUUCCAGGUGGUUUUGGUCACAGAGGUACUGAAGGUAUGAUUGCUGCUACUAAAUGGGCCAGAGAAAAUGGCGUUCCAUUUUUGGGUGUCUGUCUUGGAUUGCAAAUCGCUGUUAUUGAGUUUGCCAGAAGCGUCCUCGGAAAGCCACAUGCUACUUCAACUGAGUUCAAAGAAGACGCCGAGGAGGCCGAUCAGGCAGUUAUUUACAUGCCAGAAAUCAGUAAGGAGACGAUGGGUGGUACUAUGAGACUCGGAUCUAGAAAGACUAUGUUCCAACCAGAGUCUGAGAACUCGAUCAUCAGACGUUUAUACGGGGAUGUUGAAAGUAUCAACGAGAGACAUAGACACAGAUAUGAAGUUAACCCUAUAAUGGCUGAAGAGUUUGAGGCUAAGGGCUUCAAGUUUGUUGGUAGAGACGAGGCAGGUGAGAGAAUGGAGGUCUUUGAGUUAGAAGACCACCCAUUCUUUGUCGGUACCCAGUUCCAUCCUGAGUAUCUCUCCAAGGUUUUGGACCCAUCGAGACCAUUUUUGGGAUUGGUUGCAGCGUCUUCAGGUAUUUUGGAUGAGAUUUUGAAACAGGAUCUUGUCACAAAGGACAUCGAUUUCUGA